CACUUGUAUUUCGUUCUUUCUGAGACCUGCAUUACCUGAUUGUGUUGUAGAAACGGAACGAAGAAAAAAAGUAUAUCCAAAAUGAGUCGUCGCUGUCUUGCAACAUUACUUCGGUGUCUCCACGUGAUUGCUCUCACCAGCGCAGCUUCCGAUGGCUCUAAGUGGACCUAUACAGGACUUGAGGGCCAGUAUGACUGGCCAAAGAAGUAUCCUUACUGUGGAGGGGUGUCCCAGUCUCCCAUCGAUAUCAGCAACGAACUUCUGCGGUACGACCCCACCCUCCGACCCGUCGAGGUGCGGGGCUACAGCAACUGCACGGAGCCACUCGCCUUGAUCAACAACGGCCAUUCUGUGGAAAUGUCUCUGCCUUCAACCAUGUACAUCAGCAGCCUGCCUCAGCGCUACUCUGCAGCUCAGCUGCACUUCCACUGGGGAAGCACUGACCACCUUGGAGGCUCUGAGCACACCAUUAAAGGGAAACAGUAUCCAGCAGAGAUGCACAUUGUUCAUUUUAACUCUGACAAGUACAGCAAUCUUUCCACAGCAGUGGACAAAGCCGAUGGACUGGCAGUACUGGGGGUUUUCAUUGACGUUGGGGCGUUCAAUCCGGUCUUUGAUCUUAUCCUGAGCCAUCUUGGGAGUGUGAGAUAUAGAGAUCAAGGAGUACAAAUUCCUGCCUUUAAUGUCUUCAAUCUGCUCCCUGAGCGGCUGGAUGAGUUCUACCGGUAUGAUGGAUCCUUGACCACCCCACCCUGCUACCCUAGUGUGCUGUGGACAGUCUUCAGAAACCCUGUCAGGAUAUCACAGGAGCAGCUCCUGUCAUUACAAACUGUAUUGUACAGCACCUACGUAAACGAGCCCGUCUCCUUGAAGAUGAAUCAAAAUUACAGACAUCCUCAAGAGACCAAUGAUAGGCAUGUCCUAGUGUCCUUCCGUGAUGGUGUGAUUCUCGCCAUCACUUUGGCUGCUGUACUGGGAGCAGUCCUCAUCGUGGUGCUCAUUGUUUUCGUGCUGAGAAAGAAAAGAAGCAAAAAAAACAAUCAAGAAAACAACAAAGCGGUCAUCUACAAACCAGCAGCCAGCACAGAGGAGGACGCUUCAAAAGUAUAAGACCCAGCCACUGCCCUUCAGAAUGAAACCCACCUGACACUGUGCACACUGAAGCAUCAGCUAUGAAGACCAACCUGUUUAGAGGCACUGGGGAUCUUAGAACCACAUACACUUUUUUCUUUUCCAACAUUAGAUAUGACUUCAGCAUUUCUCUUUGCUUUGACAAAAGCGCUGUACCAGCCACACUAAGAGAUAAGACACGUUUCUAAGAACUUUAUUGAGGGUGGCUUUAAACUUUGCAAAGUGCAUCAGGCUGAGAUGACUGGAGCAGAAAAUGAUACACAAAGUGUUUCUAAACAAGAAGAAUGCAUUCUUUUAUAUAACUCUGAUAUUUCAGAGCCUUACCAAGUUGCUAUUUUAAAGCUACCCUUUCAGUUACACACCUGUGCUCUGGAAAGAUCAGUCAUGCACAAUGCAGUGUGAUCCUCUUUUAAGCAUGGUGUGCAGGUUGACCUGUAUUAAGAAUAUCGGAACACACUUCCGUUUAGUUCAGCAGUUUCCAAACUCUUUAAACUAAACGUGGAAGCUUCAGACACCCAAUUAAUCAAGUUAAAUACUUCAAUUCCUUGAGCGUGCAUAAUUAUAAGUAAGAAUAAUAGUGAGAGCUUGCAUUGUUUGGCAAUGUAUAUUUGAAUCGUACAAUUUUAGUUUGACUUUCCCUGCAUGAGCAGCUCUCUCUAGAUUCCAGUUUCAUUUGUUUUGUGAAUUUUGGCACAUAAAAAAAGUAAACUGUUUAAUCUCAGUGGUUUAAGGUAAAAAAUGUGUAAACGUGGCAGGCUUGGACCUAAAGGGAGGGCAAUUUGUUGGAACAGAACUAAUAAAAGGGUUUAUGAGUUGGAGAAAAGUCGCUUUGGAUUGUUGCUGCAUGUUGCAAACAAAGCACUGCUUAAUAUAUUUGCUUUCCUAUCACUUUUCUGAUGUAGUCCUUGGUUUUCUCAUUUCAGCAGUAGCAUAGCAAGGCUCCCUUCUGGAACAUCCGGCAACAGACACAGACUCCUCAUUGAUCAGUUCAUAGGAAUUGUGAGAUGUGUGAAUUAAUGACUGUUUAAAAAAAAAUAAAUGUAUAUGUAUAAUUUUGUAAAGGAAUGGUUACUUUUCAAGUAUAGGAAUAUACUUGCAAUCACAUUCUCCAGUUUAAUAUACUACUGUAUUAUUAUAUGAUAUUAUUGAAAGUUCUCAUUCAUUUUCUUCUUUUCAGUGUAUUUAGCUCAUAUGUACAUAUAUUUGAACGUGUUUAGUCGGUGCAGGGUAUUUUAUAGAUAGAUUAGGUGUUGAUCAUUUUGUGUCGCCAGCACUUACUAGACAGUGUCGGCAUACAGGUUCUGCAGGUUUUCAUUUUAACUCGAUUGUGACCGGUUAAAGUGGACCUUAUAUUUUCCUAGAAGUCAAAAUACACUGGAUUGUACUAUUAGGCACGCCAUCUGCUGGAUUAAUAGUUGAUGGUUUAUCUUACAUAUUUAUUUAUUGACAACAAAACACGUUUGGGGAAAAUCCUGCAAUAAUCAACGUAGGAGAAAUGUUUGUUUUGUUUGAAAUAUAAUGAGAUAACAAAAACAUGUUAAAUAUUGCUCCACAUGUGUUUUCCAAGCAAUUUUCAGCUGGCUUUUUUUUUUUUUUUUGGGUGAAAUGGUUUCUGCAUGGUGUACAGUGUGUGCUAUGGGUUUCGUCUUUCUGAAUGCACUCAGGAUAGCAUUUUAAUGGUUGAGUUAGUUUGGAGUGUUAUAAACCCACUUUGUUAUGCAGAUGGAACAGUGCCAGUACAAUAUGAAUAUCACAAAUGUAGUUUCUAUAAAUGUCAUUCAUGGUGAUUGAUUGUGUAUACUGAUUUUUAAAUGGCAUUGUAAAGCCUAAUAAAACUGCUGAAAAUGAA